AUGUUACAGCGGUUUUGUCUCUGGAAAUGGUUAGCUGUAGGGAUUGCAGUUGCUACUGUCUUAGCAGGUUGUUUGGCCCAGAAUGAUGAAGAUUGCAAAUUGGCCAGAACAGGUCCUCCAGCCACAAUAGUUCCUAUUGAUGAAGAAAGUCGGAACGGCACAAUCCUGGUUGACAAUAUGCUGAUCAAAGGGACAGCAGGAGGGCCAGACCCCACCAUCGAACUCUCCUUGAAGGACAACGUCGAUUACUGGGUGAUCCUGGACCCUAUCAGCCAGAGGUUAUACCUAAAUAGCACCGGCCGAAUUCUGGACAGAGAUCCGCCCACGUCCAUCCAGUCCAUCGUGGUGCAAGUGCAGUGUGUUAACAAAAAGGUUGGCACCAUUAUCAACCACGAAGUACGGAUUGUGGUGAGAGACAGGAACGAUAACUCGCCUCGGUUCCAGCAGCAGCGAUACUAUGUGGCGGUGAAUGAG